AUGCCCAGACCCACUAAUAGCUUUCCAAGUGACACGGAGAAGAAUCCGAGAAGUGAAGCGAAGAAAGUAAGAUGGGAAGACUGCAAUAUGGUCACUACAAAUGACAAGGAGACUGAAGACAAGCCAAGCAAGCUGUCAGAACAACCUGAAAAUACCUUAGUAGAGAAGGAGAAGAAAGACCAACAAGAACCAGAAAUCUCACAACAAGAGCUGCUGAGACUAUAUGUACCAUUUCCUCAACUGCUAAAGGGUGCUGUGGGAAAGAGAAUGUACUCAAGGUUCUUAGACUCGUUUGCAUCUUUGAAUGUGAACAUACCAUUCAUCAAGGUCAUUCAGCAAAUGCCAGCAUUCAUCAAGUAUAUGAAGGAACUACUUCCCAGGAAGAGCUCACUCAAGGGGGGCCAGACUAUAGUGAUGAACAAGGAUUGCAGCACCCUCAUUCAAACACAAUUGCCUGCGAAAAGAAAAGACCCAGGGAGUUUUCAUGCCCCUUGUGCUAUAGGGGAAACAAAUUUUGAUAGAGCACUUUGCGAUUUGGGAGCAAGCAUCAACUUAAUACCCCUAUCCCUGGUAAAAAGGCUGCAGAUCAAUGAGAUACUACCUACAGAUGUAGUCAUAAGGCUGGCUGACAAGACUCAAAAGUAA